AUGAUUCCGUCGUCACGUCAUCACUCCGUGACGCUCCCGGAGAUACAGACUAUCGCAGAUGGCCAAGUGGCACCCCGGACAUCGGAAAACCUAAACCUCGAACCUGGCAUUGAAAAGAGGAAAGGAGAGAAAGAGGUUCUGAAAUCAAGUUCAAAGCCGUUGAAAGAAAAAACUACCAAGGCGGAGAGACGAGCAAUGCAGGAGGUACAGAGAGCUGCUAAAGCUUCUUGUAAAGCUGAGGGAAGUAAGGCAGUUGCUGAAUCUGGUAGAGCCGCCGCAGGCAAAAGUACAAAGCAGCCUUCACGAAAGAAAGUUGAACCUUCCUGUGCGUUUCCCGUGGCUGCUGUUAAAAGAGCAGGAGACCUUCUUUCGGAGAUAGAUAGGAAAAAUGAUGUUCCUCCUCCACGAGUGCAAUUUGAUGACAAAAGCCGAAUGGAAAAGGCUAGAAGGCAUGCAGUAGUCAAUCCAACUGAUAGAAACAGAGUUGAAUUAUUUCAGCAUUUGCCUCAAUAUGAACAUGGGACUAAGCUUUCUAAUCUUGAAUCAAAGUUUUUCCACCUCGGUUUAGUUCACCCUUCUGUAUUUGAGUCCAUAUUGCGUUAUACGACAGGAGAUAUAUCAGGGAGUAAUGCUCGUUGUAUAGCUAUGCUAAGAGCACUUCAAGAUGCCGUUAGAGAUUACUGCACAUCUCAUGAAAAGGUCCUUGUAAGGGAUUUAACUACAAAAAUAAACUAUUAUGUAUCAUUCUUUACUGAAUGCAGACCACUUUCUAUGAGCAUGGGCAAUGCGAUUAGGUUUGUAAAGAGUCGUAUUGCCCAUCUGUCUUUAAAUUAUUCCGAGUUUGAGGCAAAAACAUCCCUGUGUUCCGAUAUUGACCGGUUUAUAAACGAAAAAAUAAUUCUUGCUGAUAAGGUGAUUGUCCGACAUGCUUUUACAAAGGUUAGGGAUGGGGAUGUUCUUCUCACAUAUGGAGUGUCAUGUGUUGUUGAGAUGAUUCUUUUAUAUGCCCAUGAGCUGGGGAAAAAGUUCCGUGUCGUGGUGGUAGAUUCACACCCAAGGCUUGAAGGUCAGGCCUUGCUUCGUAGGCUAGUGGCUAAGGGUCUGAGUUGCACGUAUACUCAUAUAAAUGCUAUAUCUUAUAUCAUGCAUGAGGUCACACGAGUUCUUCUGGGAGCUUCUGCAGUUUUGUCUAAUGGAACUGUAUAUUCAAGGGUUGGGACUUCUUGUGUUGCAAUGGUGGCUCAUGCAUUUCGAGUUCCUAAGCUGUCCGUUGAUAAACUUCAAUUGCUUGCAGGUGACCCAGAUGCUAUUGCCAGGGUCCCUGGACGAAUGGAUGUCAAUUAUCUAGACAAUUGGGCCAGUGAAGACAAUUUGAGGCUUUUGAAUUUGACGUAUGAUGCUACUCCCUCAGAUUAUGUCUCGGUUAUUGUGACAGAUUAUGGCAUGGUAAAUUACUUCAUGAACACUGCAAAAUUUUGA